AUGGAAGAUGAGAUACAUGAGAAUAGACCAAAUGGGGCUAGCAGAGAGAGCCCUGAGAAAACAUGUUCAAAAAACCACCACCACCACCACAACAAAGAACAAGAUCGAUUUCUUCCAAUAGCCAAUGUUGGUCGUAUUAUGAAAAAGGUGAUUCCGGGCAAUGGAAAAAUCUCUAAGGAUGCUAAAGAGACUGUUCAAGAAUGUGUAUCCGAAUUCAUUAGCUUUGUCACCGGGGAAGCAUCCGAUAAAUGUCAACGAGAGAAAAGGAAAACAAUCAACGGUGAUGAUAUUAUAUGGGCAAUCACAACCCUUGGGUUCGAGGAUUACAUAAAUCCACUUAAACAAUACCUAAACAAGUACAGAGAGUUAGAAGGGGAGAAGCUUAACGUUCCUAAGCAACAACGUCUACAAGUACUCCAAGAACAGAAACAUGAUAUACCUUNGAGAAGCUUAACGUUCCUAAGCAACAACGUCUACAAGUACUCCAAGAACAGAAACAUGAUAUACCUUAUAACAGUGUAUAUUCUUCGACGAAUCUCAUCUCUCAGCCACCUUUUGUAUCGACCGAUCAGCCAUUUUCAUUGCCUUUCUCCCAAAGUUCGAUUCAGAAGCAAUUACAGCAACAGGAACAAAUUGACUCAGUGGGGCAUUGAAAUGUGCCCUUCCAUUACUGGAAGAACUUUUACUCUCAAUGUGAUGUCUAGUGGCAUGGAUGAAACCAGAAAUGUUGCUUUGCAACUAGUAUGCAGAAGGGGCCUUCUUCUUCAUCUCCCUUCAUUGCUUGAGACCUUAACCGGUAUAUGCUAA